GAAUCAGCUGUGGAUUAGUGCUGCAGUGAGUUAGUAUGUAUGCCUCGUAAGUUAUAGUGCUAAACUGUGUUUGCCAACAAAAAACUGAAUUCCUGGCACAGAGUAUCUUCCAAAUAGCCAUGGCAAAGGGGGGACUGAAUCUGCUGCUGUUUUUGGGAAGUGUGCGGGAAGGACGGAUUGGUCUUCGGGUGGGAAAGUACGUUCAGAACCUUCUGGAGCAGCGAAGCCACAAAGUAACCGUUCUGGAUCCCAAAGAACUUAAUUUGGCCCAGGUCGUUAAACCUCUGCAUUUUCACAAGAAUCCCGCUGAAGCACCGGAGAUCUUGCAAAAAAUUAAUAAACAGAUCAAAGGAGCUGAUGGCUUUAUUGUUGUUUCGCCAGAAUACAAUUCAGCUUUUGGACCCGCUUUAGCUAGUUUGAUGGACCAUUUCCCUCCUGCUUCAUAUUCUUAUCGUCCUAGUACUAUUGUUACUUACGCCGGCGGAGCAUUAGGCGGUAUCCGCGCUGCAAUGCAGCUACGGCAGUAUCUUUCCGAAUUAACUACGGUUCAUAUGCCUAGUAUGAUUGUUAUUCCAAAUGCACCCAAAACUCUUGACGAGGAAGGGGUACUGAAGGCAGAAAGUGGUGAUCUGGUAAAAUCGUGUACUAAAGCCAUUGAUCAAUUGGAAUGGUAUGCUGGCGUAUUGAAGAAGGGCCGUGAGGAAAACCCGGUGUGAAUUUUAAUUAAUUUGGUUUAAGUUUCUUUAGUUAUACUUAUGAUAAACUUUGGAAUCCCUAUACUGCUAGCGUAGUAGUUUAUUUUUCUCCAAAUCACAGACCUCGGGAUGUUAUUACCUACUAUUAACUGAACUGCUUGAAUUUUUCAUCUGUUUCUGUGACUAUGAGUUUAAUGUAUUGGUUAUUUCAGCUUGUUUGUUGUUGAUUUGAUUUAUUUGGUGUUUAUUGCCUGAUUUCAUAGCUUACUCCGCAAAGCUUACUCAUUGC